UCUUCUGGGCCUCAUAAUGGAAACAAAAGAAGAGAAAUAAACAUUGUAUAUGUUUACAGAUCACUGAGAAGCCACAAAGGUCAAAUAAGUUUAUCUCCGGUCUCAUAUAUACCACCAUUCUUGAACUUGAUAAUUAGUCAAACACACACCGGGAAGACAAUGGAACAUCAAAUGUUUCACCUUGUCUUUCAUGUCUUAUUUCUCUUCACCGCCGUUGCUGCAGAGGAAAUUGAAAAACGUUCUACUGUGUGUUAUGGUGAUCUAGGAUGUUUCAGUACAGGUGGUGAUUUUACUAGCCUUCAUAGACCAGUAAAUCUGAGCCCUGCCUCACCAGCAUCCAUCAAUACCCGCUUCUUGUUAUUCACAAAACAAAAUUCCCGAAACACCGCCUAUCAACUUCUGAACGCAAACAAUUUUAACAGCAUCAAAAAUUCCAAUUUCGUUUCCUCGAAGAAAACAAAAGUUAUCAGCCAUGGUUUCAUUGAGAACGGCUUUACAGACUGGAUGAUGCAAAUGAAAGACGAGCUAUUGAAGUACGAUGACUAUAAUGUGAUCCUACUUGACUGGGGCGGUGGUUCCAAACCUCCUUACACACAAGCGACGGCUAACACCAGAGUUGUAGGAGCAGAACUGGCUAAACUUAUCCGAGUCUUACAGGACCAGACAGCGACCAGAGCUGAAGAUUUUCACUUGAUAGGACACAGUUUAGGAGCACAUAUCUGCGGAUAUGCUGGAGCAAGAACUCAAAAUUUAGGACGAAUCUCUGGUCUGGAUCCUGCAGACCCAUAUUUCCAGUACACACCAACUAGCGUAAGACUGGACCCUUCAGAUGCAACAUUUGUUGAUGUAAUGCAUACAAACGGAGCAAGCAUUCUUACACUUGGUUAUGGUAUGGUACAAGCAUGUGGCCAUGUAGAUUAUUAUCCUAAUGAAGGACUAAAUCAACCAGGAUGUGACGCAAACCCUGUAACCAAGCUUCUAACGGAGGGAGAUAUAUACGAGGGCGGGAAACAAAUCGUUGCAUGCAGUCAUUUGAGAGCACAUCAUUAUUACACUGAAUCUAUCAACAGUAGAUGUCCAUUUAACGGCUACUCUUGUUCAAGUUACGCUGAUUUUGAGCGUGGACUAUGUCUUCCUUGUAGCGGAGGACGAUGUGGAUAUAUGGGAUUCCAUGCAGAUAAAACAAAACCUCCUGUAGGAAAAACACACGUAAAAUACUUCUUAGACACUGGAAAAGUUGCUCCGUACUGCCGUUACCAUUACCAAGUUGAUGUGCAAUUUGGAAAUCUUGGGGCUAAGUCACAAAAGGGAACGCUUUAUAUUAACCUGAUUGGUAGCAACGGGCAACUGGGAGAGCAACAACUAAACACAGACGUGAUGACAGUUCAGCCUGGACAUACAUACGGUUUUAUGCUAACUUCCACACAUGACAUAGGUGAUCUCACUCAGAUGCAGUUUAGAUGGGAGCUCGACUCUCAUUGGUACAAUCCUUUAACAUGGUCCCUCUUGUCGUCACAUACCAUUCAAAUAGACAAAGUCGACAUCGUUAAUGGUGAAACCGAUGCCAAGAAACGGUUUUGCGGAUUUAAUGCCAGUGUAAAGAACUCGGAAACUAGAACAUAUCAACAGACAUGUUAAUGUAUGAAAUAAUGUUGUAUUCUUUGAAACGUAUCAGACAUAAACCGAAUAUAUUAUA